UUGGCUUGAACGAACAUGGCGAGGAAACUCAAUUGGAGCGGCAUCGCUCUCUCGUUUGUGACGGGCACGAGUCUAGCCGCGGUGGGUGUGAUGGGAUACGUUCGGUACGAGUACCCAGAGGAAUUUGCGCAAGGGAGUGUCAAGCAAGCGCGCCCGGAAGCAUGGGACGACCAGGAAAAGCUGUGGGGGGCAUACGGAAGCGGUCUGAGCAACUUCAUUCCCGACUCCAUCUCGGCAUUUUUUCAGUUCAACGAGAUUCCAGCACGCGUCGAAGCACACCGUCGACGUCGUCAGAAGGAGAUCCAAGACGCACUUCAAAACCAAACGCGUUAAUACAUGUACAUGGCACGAGGUUGUUAGGAUUUUGUAAUGGGAUACAAGAUGGGUGGUAAGCUGGAGGCGUCACUAUUACCACCUUGUCGGCCGAGCUCCCAACCGACCAAUCUUAAUGUCGGCGAUGCUGCCUCCCGCAUCGCUUCAUUCGCCCGUGAUUC